AGUCAAGAAUAUCGGCACAGUGCUGAAUAUCUGUGAUACGGUUUUAGAUCUAUGUGUGCAUGUACAAUUCAUAUGUAACAAAUGUAGCGUAUACGGCAUACAUUUCGAACUGAACAAAGAAUAAUAUUGGUUGGUGUUGAUUGAAGGCAAUUUUUGUGAAGGCUUUUCUUAUAUUGCAAGUUAUCUAUGUAGUCGAUUAGAAGAAGAUACAUGCCAGACACAAUGAGUAUACAGCAGAACAAAGAGUUGAUUUUUUUUGUGACCCAUGUUGAAGCAGAGGACACAUACCUCAAGAUCUGGGGUCAGGUUGAUAAAAACUCAGCAACAUGCGUGGAACGCAUGAUUUUACCUUUGAUUGAACAUUUCACCAGAAGUCAAGGCUGCAUCGGACCUGGAGCAGCUAAUUUAUCUGUGAAUGCACUUUGUUGUGCUAGAUAUCACAAUGAGGGCUAUUACCGAGCAAAAAUUCUUAAUGUUUGUCCUGACGGGAUGAUAGUUUUGCAAUUUAUUGACUAUGGUAAUAUCGAAGUAUUACCACCUCAAGAGGUACAUUUGCUUGAAAAUAUACCUGAUUCUGAGUCUUUGCAAUCAUUUCCGCCUGUGGCAUUUGAUUUUGUCUUAAUGAAUGUAUUACCUGUAAAUGGUGUUUGGGAGAACAAAAUAGUUGAGUCAAUUAAGAAGACCCUUUGGUACAAUGAGUAUACAAUUUUAAUUCAUUGUACAAACAGUACUCAUCGCUUCAUCAAACUCUGGUAUAACAAUGAAGACUUCAGCGAAUUUUUGAUCAACAGAAAUUUAGCACUGAAAGCAACAUAUGCAGAGAUGCUUAGGUCAAAAGGUGUGCGGCAUCCUCAAAUGCAACUUUAUCAAAUUCCAAACAAGCGAGUUAUUACUAAUACAUAUGCUGCAAUGGCACCUAUGCAGCAUAUGAAUCCUCUACGCAGCAGUGAAAGUGAAAUUUGUGGAUUCCAGCAAAAUACUCCCGUAUGUUGUGCAGCACAGCAACAACAUAUGUUUGAGAACCCCGUUCCAGAAGCUCUUGUGUUUAAGUCUCGAGUACUGGACGUUGGAUCGAAACAUGAAGUAUACGUUUCAUUCGUAGAAGAUGGCCCACAUAAGUUUUCCAUACAGCUACAGAACACUUCUCACAUACUGAGCGCACUUAUGAAAGACAUUAACAGCCAUCCAUUGCAGCCGUUACAAGAACCACCUUUACCUGGAUCAGUGUGUUUGGGCCGUUAUACGUUAGACGGUGUACUUUGUAGAGCUGUUGUAAUGUCUGUCAUGGAAAAUAAGUGUAAACUCUACUACGUCGAUUUUGGUCAUACUGAAGUUUUGCCAUAUACGGAUAUUUUCCAAUUACCACCUCAUUUUAUCAACCCUAAAGUACUUUCUAUUCGAUUUACACUAAGUGGUGUACACGAAUUAAAUGUUACGGAUGAUAUGAAGGAUUGUUUCAAGAAAAUAAUAUCAGGAACACUACUUGUUCUUCACGUUCGACCACCUGAGGGACCACCUUUGGUUCAAUAUGGUGACUUGUAUGAUAAUGGGAGAAAUAUAAAGGAAAUUCUUAAACUAGCAUUUCCGUCAACAGUUGCAAUAACAUCCUUAACUUCUCCAACUUUUGGAUAUCAUGAACCUAAAAAACUAUCAAAAGGCGCAGAAGAAAUUGUGAUCGUUUCAUAUGUCGAAUCCUGUAGAAAGUUUUUUGUACAAGAAGAAAGCAAUGUUAAGUUUCUUGAACUAGUGAUGUCGAAUUUAGCAGACUUCUGCGCAGCAGCACCCACUUUAAAUCCAUCACAGUUAAAGAUUGGUCUUCCUUGUGCUGCUUUAUAUGAUAAUCAGUGGUACAGAGCACAAAUUCUAGCUGUAAAUGCGAAUAAUGUAAAAGUGUUAUAUGUGGAUUAUGGUAAUGAAGAAACUGUAGCUCCAAUGUCUCUUCGUAUGAUAUGCGACGCUUUAGUUAAAAAAUUACCAGCUCAAGCUACGAAGUGCUCUCUGAAUGGCUGGGAACUCUUGCCGUGCACUCAAGAAGUUCAUAAUCGAUUUGAGCUAUUGAUUUUGGAAAAAUGUUUGCGUAUAAAGGUUGUAGAUGUAAAUCCGGAAGGCAUAGUAGUUGAUUUAUAUGAACCACAACAAAAUGAAAACAUUAAAUCCCAAAUGUUACGAAUAAUUGGAACUGAAACGACAAUAAUUAAUGAACCAUCAGAUUAUCAUGUUACAGAACAUCAACAUUCUGUUAAAAUAGCCAAUAUACAAUCAAACCAACAUAAAGUCAAUCAAAGGUCAUAUACAAAAAUGCAAGUGUAUUCGGUUCAACAAUGGAAAAAUGAAAUAAAUAUAGAAACAACAUGUGAUUUCUGGCAAAAUAAGAAUCAGUCAGAUUCAUGGCGUCAAUCACCAAAUAGUAAUAUACAAGAAAGAAAUAAAAGUAAAAAUUGGAAAAACGAAUCAAAUGAAGAAGUGCAGGAAAAUAGGAAUGAGAAAAGUAAUUUUUAUCGUAAUGAUACGCGAAGUGAAAAAUUUAAUAGAGAUGACUAUUCUAAUAACAAAAGCAUGAAAGAUAAGUGGAAUAGUCGAAACGACUAUAAUGGUGGGAAAGGUAUUAGAGAUGGGAAGAACAGAUCUUUGGGAUUUACACCUAAAGGGCAUUCUUCUGAAAAGAGUUGGAGCGAUAAAGAAUCAGACACAUCGUCUAAAGGUAGCGGUAAACGUGGGAGCAGUGGUAAUCGCAGUGGAUAUUCUAGACGUGGUGGAACUUCUGGGAAAGUACAAGGUAAUAAGUACAGUGACAGGGAUGGUGAUGGCAGUUUUAGAAGCGGAAGGACAAACGGUGACUCCUAUGCGAAUAACAGAGUUAAAGAUAAAAAAAGCCAAGCAUAUAGAUUAGCUCAAACUAAGCUUAAUUCUAUGAAUUCUUCUUCCGAAGGAGAAUCAUUUAAUCAAAGAUACAGUCCUAUCAGAAAGAGAAACAAAUCUCAUAUUCCUCGUCCUAAUGUAACUAUUGGAAUUGUACAGAAUUGCGAAAUAGUCUAUACAAAUAAUGUUUCGGAUUUUUUCAUACAAUUAAGUCCCGAUUAUACUGCCUUGGACACUUUAAUGGCAAACAUUGCGUCAGUUUAUGAAAAUGGUGGAGAAUUAAUGAAAGAAUCGGAAAUAUUAAAUGAUAUGUAUUGUAUUGCUCAAUAUGCAGAAGAUUUAAGAUGGUAUAGAGCUAUAAUUAAAUCUGUGGAAGGAAACAGUGCAAACGUACAAUUUGUAGAUUAUGGAAACACAGAAAGAAUAGGAUUUGAUAAAAUUAAAUCUAUUCAAAAGGAAUUUUUGCAACUUCCAAUACAAGCGAUACAUUGUAAACUGUUUGGUAUAAGAAAUGAUAUUCCUGAUGAAGAUAGAACAAAACAUUUUGAAUGCGCGGUUACUGGGAAAACGUUAGAAGCUGAAUUUAUAACAGAAGAAAAUGGUAUGUUUAGUGUUUUGCUAAAGGAAGUUGUUGAUGGUUAUCCAACAAAUGCUUUUAUAAACGAAAGAUUUUGUGAAAAUAUCGACUUAUUAAAAAUGAAACAAGCGGCAAUAUCUAAACAAACAACUACUAUUAGUACGAAAACAUCAAAUAAACUAGACUGUGCAUCUUCUGAUGCUAAGUGGGCUACAAUUUCACAUACACCUGGAACUAAGAAGAAUGUAAUUAUUACAUGGUUUAUUAAUCCAAACAAUUUUUAUUGUCAUGUACUUGAUAGUGAAAAUGAAUUCAGAAAUAUGAUGAACGAAAUUCAAAAAAUGUAUGUUGGUAGAGAACCAGUGGCUUCACAUAUGUUAAAGAUUGGAUCUCCCGUCAUAGCGUUGUUUGCUGAUGAUAAAGCUCUUUAUCGUGCAGAAAUAAUUGAGUUGAAUAAAUUAAAUGGUCAUCUUGUCCAAUAUAUCGAUUUUGGAAAUAGUGCUGUGGUUAAUCCUAAAAAAAUUUACCCAGUAGAAAAAAGAUUGCUGCAUCUUCCUAAACAAGCUAUGCUGUGUUCCCUAUUAAAUAUUGUUUCACAGGAUGGUCUUAACUGGUCUAAAAUAAAUACAGAAGCAAUUGAUAAUUGCUUCAAUGCUGAUAAAUAUGAGUGCACUUUUCACGACAUAAAAGACAACAAAUAUUUAGUAUCGUUGGUCAAUAAUGGGAAUGAUGUAGCUAAUACCAUAGUCGAAAAGAAUCUGGCAUUAUUUAGUUCAGGAACUGAUGUAACAAAUGAUGGCAAAAAUGCUGUAAUAUCGCUAAUUUCGUAUAAUGCGGAAAGAGUCGAUAUAAAUCUCUUAAAUGGCCAGACACUUCGAGUAAAUGUUUCGAGUGUUCAAACUACAUCAAAAUUUUAUAUUCAACUAGGUUCAGCUAUUGAAUGUGAAAGUAUAAUUAAUACAUACAUGACUGACAAAAAUCCUGAGGUGAUGCAACGAUUAUCAACCCAUGAGAUAUGUCUAGGCACAGGUUGUCUGGUUUAUUCAAACGGAGUUUGGAGACGAGGUGUAAUCAAUAGCCGUUCACAGUCUACUGGCUUUGAUGUAAAAUUCAUUGAUACUGGAGCGUAUGAUGAUAUUCACUCAGAUAGUGUGCUAGCUUUGCCAGGAGAACUCGCAAUAAUGCAGAAUCAGGCAAUUGAAUGUUCUCUUCUGAACGUUGUAUCUGUUCCCGAAGCAGACGUUGCAUUGAAAAAACAUGUUGAGGGAAAAGAAGUAAUCAUAUACGUAGACGAAGUGGAUAACAAUAGACUUAUCGUAAAAUUGUUUGAUACAAAUGGUAAUGGAAUAAACUUUACUGGAAAUGCAACUGAACAAAUAUCGCCAAUUUGCCCAAUGCCUAUUCUAAAUUCAACUCAUAAAGUAUCAGUAUCUUUCGCGGAUCAUUCUGCUAGCAUCUGGCUACAACGGACUUCAGAACGCAUAUUAGAUACAAAUCUAGUUGAAGCACUCAAUCAAUAUUACAAUACUUCUUCAAAAGAAAAGUUAGUAGAACCGAAAGAGAAUCUUGUUUGUGCUGCUAAAAGUGCAGAUGGUCAUUGGAAUAGAGCUAAAAUUCUAAAAUGUGACGAAAAUAGAGUUUAUGUAAAUUUCAUUGAUUAUGGCAACUGUGAAGAAAUUACUCCUGACAUGAUUGCAAGCUUGGAUCCUCGUUUUUAUACACCUCAUCAAUUAGCUAUCAAUGUAUCUCUACCAGUGACGCUAAAUGGUACCGUAUCCGAACAAUUAAGCAUUCUACAAGAUUAUUUGAUGAACAGAGAGCUUACUGCUGUUUUUCAUAAUAAAAAUAAAAAAUGGGUUGCGGAGCUGUUAUUGAAUGGAAAAAAAGUUAGCGAUCAACUUCGAUUACUGAAUUUAAGAUCAGAACAGGAGACAUCUGAAACAGGAAAACCACAGAUUCAUAAUAUGAAAGUGGGCUGUACAUAUGACGUGAUUGUCUCUCAUAUAGAUUCGCCUAGUCAAUUCUGGCUUCAACACGUCGAUGAUGCCACGGACCUAAUGAAUAUGCAAGGGAGUUUUCAAGUACAAGCGUCUACGUUUACGCAAGUAAAUGAAAUAUUAGAAGAAGGAAGUUUGUGCGCAGCUGUAUAUACUAUAGAUGAUUCAUGGUACAGAGCACAAGUACUUGAUGCGGACGAAGAUAUUACAACUGUACGAUUUAUUGAUUACGGAAACACGGAUGUGAUCGAUAAUAAUUCUGGAAGUAUUCGAAUAUUACCUGACUCGUGGAAAGAAACCAGCGUACAUUCGAUCAAAUGCAGAUUAGACAUUAUCCCAGUAGACUCGGAAGACUGGAAUACUGCAGUUUGUGAGAAAUUUGAAAACUUAAUAACAUCUGCUGAAUCUAUACAAGCUUUUGUGAUAGCAAAUAGCGUUCCAAAACGAGUAGAUUUAUUGAUAAACGACAAAAGCGUUAGCGAAAUGUUAGUUGAAGAGCAUCUUGCUGUCAAAAUUCACGCUGAAGAAGAGUUGAUAGACGAAAUAGUUGAUCUCGAGCUGGACCCUCAUUCUGCUUUCGUAAGUCACCUUAACUCUCUUAAUGAGUUUUGGAUACAGGAGGAAAAAUCUGUCGGCGACUUGGAAGUUAUGAGUGACAGAUUUAUUGUAGCACAUAUGUUUCCUAAAGUCGAGGAGAUUAAAGAAAAUUUAUUAUGCGUUGCUAAAUAUCCGGAGGAUAAUUGUUGGUAUAGGGCGCGCGUUAUAUCACAUACUGAUAAUGCUACGCGAGUUAUAUAUAUUGAUUAUGGAAACUCCGCUACUUCAACCGAGAUACGCGCUAUACCCGCAGAUGUUGCUGAUAUUCCUCCCCUAUCAAGAAAAUGUCGCUUGGUUAUGCCAGAAGGAGUCACUGAGUGGUCCGAGAGAGCUUAUAAGGAAUUUGUAUCAUUAGCAGCCGACGGAGCAACUAUAUUUUUGUUAGAAGUAUUAAAGGAAGAUGACACAUCGUUGGUAAAAUUAACAUUAGACGGUAAAAAUGUAACGGAAAUGCUUGCAAACUUCUGUGAAUUUUAUCCAGCAACCAUAGAGGAACGAUUACCUCCCUUGGGCGAAGAGAAUGUCCCAAAUGUAUACAUUAGCCGUUUAAAUUCACCUGAUGACUUUUGGAUUCAAACUGAAAGUAAUAUCACAGAUUUGAACGUGAUGUCAGAUAGAUUACAAGCGGCGCCUACUUUCCUCCCGUUAAAUGCGCCUGAAAUUGGGACUAUUUGCGCUGCGAUCUUUCUGGAAGAUGGUAUGUGGUAUAGAGCUAAAAUCAUCUCGCAGUCGGAAGACGCUACUCAAGUGUUGUACAUAGAUUAUGGUAAUAUAGCAAUUACAAACGAAAUACGUAUGUUGCCCGUAGAUAUUAUAAGUAUUUCUCCUCUGGCAAAACAUUGCGCUUUGAAAAUGCCAGAUAUUGUAGAUGAUUGGCCUUCGGAGGCUUGUAAGAAAUUCGAAGAACUUGCCGCAGGUGGUGAAACGGUAUUCGAAUUCGAAAUUCUUGACAAUAGCAAUGAUCCCGCUUAUGUUAAAUUAAUAUAUAAUGGCAGAAAUGUUAUCGAUAUUUUAAUACCAACGGCUGAAACUGUGUCUCAAGACAGAAUAGAAGUAACUUCGUACGAAAAUAAAAAUGUGAGUGAGGAAUCAGAAAAAACAGAUGAUAUUGAUGAAACAAGAAGCAAUGUUAAUGAAGAAUACAAUGCAGAUGUAAGUGCGUCAGAAAAUGAAAGUCCAAAGCAAAAAAUAAAAGAAGGUGCAGGCGAUGCAUCUCCGUAUGGUAGCUUUGCUGUAGAACUUACUGUAGAUGAAAUAGUUCAAAGUAUGAAGAAAGAUGAAGGACAAGAAGAUGAGGAGACGAUAAAGGAUCAUAGCGACACUACUGCAUCUCACGAGAAAGACGACAUCGACAAAGUAGGGGAAGAUGUAAAGACACAAAAUGAUGUUCAUAAAAAUGAACAUAAUUUAGAAUGUACUGAAAUUAAUGUACAGAGUAGCAAAGAACAUGUUGAUAGCAAAACUGUAAACGAAGAAGCUCCAUCAAAAACAUCACAAACAGAAAAAGUAAUAUUGAACUCGAAAAUAGAAAUAUAUAACAAUCAAGAGGAUAUAUGUGAACCAAAUAUAACUACACAAUCGGAAACUUCCGAAGAAAACGAUAUGUUGGAAACAACUACAGAUGAACAGCGUAUGGAAGUACCAGAACAGAUUUCCACAGAUUCGCAGAAGGUGACUAAUAUUUUAAGCUUUAAUAAUGAAGACAAAUAUGAUGUUGAAAGUCACUUACAAGACACUGAUGAAUUAAAUGCGAGCAUAACGGAGUCUAAUGUUAAGGACAUAGAGGAGAAGGUCUCCUCACAUUUACAAUUAUCAGAAAUAGAAACUGCAAAAUGUAGUGACAAACAAGAUUCUGAGGAUAUUAAACAACAAAGUAAUAUUGAGGAAAAUGUUAGCAGUAUAUAUUUUGAGCAUCACACUGACACCAAGAAUAUCGAAGUAUUUUUGGAAAAAGGACCUGCAGAGAGAACAGAUACAGAAUGUGAGAUUAGUGAUGAAGGAGAUUCAGAAAAAAAUAAAUCCCAAAGUACCAUUGAAAAGAAUCUUCCCAGUGCGGAUUCUGAACAUCACUCUGAUUCGACGGAUAUAGGAGUAUCUACGGAUAAAAUGUCUGCCGACAUAGCAAGUGAAGAAUGCAAGAUUAGUGAUGAAAGUGAUUCAGAAAAAAAUAAAUCCCAAAGUACCAUUGAAAAGAAUCUUCUCAGUGCGUAUUUUGAACAUCACUCAGUUUCCACAAAUAUAAAGAAAGUGUCGACAGAGAAAACAACUGAAGAAUGUAAGAUUAAUGAUAAACAAGAUUCUGAAGAUAGCAAACCACAAAGUACUCUUGAAGAAAAUAUUCACAGUAUAGAUACUGAACAUUGUUCUGAUAUUGCGGAUAUAAAAAAUGUAUCCAUGGCAAAUGUACCUAUAGAUAUAUCUAGUGCAGAAUGUAAGAUUAGUGAGAAAAAUGAUUCUGAAGAUAGUAAAUCAAAAAGUAGUACUGAAAAAAGUAUUAGUAAUACAGAUUCACAACCAUCUAAUACAAAAGAUCUGAAAGAAAGGAUGUGUUUAGACAUAGAUUCUGCAACCAUAGUAGAAGAAGAAAGUAACAUUGUUGACGAACAAAAUUCUGAAGACAGUAGUGAAGAAAAUAUUAACACUUUAAGUUCACAAGUUUAUUCUGACGUAAAGGAUACAACCGAUCAGACAUCAGUGAAUUUACAAUCUACAGAAAACAACAAACGUUAGAAUAUUAAAGACAAGAAUAUUGAAGAGUAGAGUACGAUUUGUCUGCGAGCGCCUUUGGAUUUCUAUCUACAUGGGAACAUCGAUCAAUAAAUGUAGAAUUAUUAAUGUGCAAGAUGAAAGUGCUGAAACAAGAAUUUGUGGACACAUUAAUAAAAGUCAUGAAGAAAUU